AGAAGAAUAUAACUACAUGUUUUAAGGAGCUGCAGCAAACGUGUUAUUCACAGUAUAACAUGGAGGACGCUACCAACCAAGAGAAGAGGCUUACACUGGUAAAAAACAGAAACCAGUGUGGCCCUGAUGUCCCUCAGGGGUUUUAAUCUGAACACAGAGAGUCAGAACUUGGUUUUUAUUUCCCAUGAAUCAUCAUGACUCCUCAGAUGGACCUCAGCGAAGUAAAGGAAUCAGAGCAGGGGCUGUAGUCACGUGGGUUCACUGCUGUGCGGAUGUGCCUGUCCUCUGUGUGGCCACCCAUCUCGACGUGUAAACACUCUCUGAAGAAGCUACGUUAGCGAGUAGCUCCUGUGUUCAGCUCCACGUCGUCUCCUCUGCGCACCGAGCAUCAGCCCUCAGUGUCCUGCAGGUGUGUGUCAACAUGGAGGAGCCGUGCUGUGCGUCCUGUGUGCGGCCGCUGGUGUCUACAGAGCCCUCCUCCUCCUCAUCCUCCCCUUCCUCCUCCUCACAGCUCUCCUCUCGUUAGCAUCCUCACCGUACAGCAGCAGCGAUGCACAGGGAGGGCGACGAGGCGCAGGAAGACUGCGGCUCCCGGGAGGAGUGGACGCUGCUCUUCUGGACCUCUCUGGCCGUCAUCGUCCCGGUCGUCAUCACGCUGUGGUGCAGCGCCCAGCGCUCCAAGCGGAAGACGCACAUGAAGGAUUUCUUCCGCAAGAGCAAGCACGGCUGGCACUACACCGACCUGUUCACCAAGCCCACCUACUGCUGCGUCUGCUCCCAGCACAUCCUGCACGGGGCUUUCUGCGACUCCUGCGGCGUGUGCGCCGACGAGCAGUGCCUGCGCCGGGCCGACCGGAGCCUGUCCUGCAAGGAGAUCAUGGGCCCCUGCGUCCCCGACGGAGCCAUGGAGCACCGCUGGGUGCGCGGAAAUGUGCCCCUCGCGAGUUACUGUGCUGCGUGCAAGCAGCAGUGUGGAACCCAGCCGAAGCUCUGCGACCUCAGGUGUGUGUGGUGUCAGACCACGGUGCACGACGACUGCAUGGACAGCCUGGUGGAUGCAGACCUGUGUGACCUGGGCGAGUUUCACAGCCUGAUCAUCCCUCCUCACUACCUCUACCAUGUCAACAAACUCCGCCGCAGGCACCCGGACGAGUACAGCAAGCUGGCGUCUUCCUGCGGCAGUGGCUGGACUCCAGUGUUGGUCUUGGCUAACACACGUAGCGGUAACAACAUGGGGGAAGCUCUGCUGGGAGAAUUUCGCUCCAUCCUUAACCCAGUGCAGGUGUUUGACCUCUCUGAGCUGUCUCCUUCGAAAGCCCUCCAGUUGUGCACCCUGCUGCCCCCUGGCAGCGUGCGGGUGCUGGUGUGUGGAGGUGAUGGCACGGUGGGCUGGGUGCUGGAUGCCAUCGAUACCAUGAAGCUAAAGGGCCAAGACCAGUUUAUCCCAAGGGUGACCAUCCUGCCACUGGGGACAGGAAAUGACCUUUCCAACACUCUGGGCUGGGGCGCUGGUUAUGCUGGAGAGAUCCCUGUGGAACAGGUUCUCCGUAACAUCCUUGAUGCGGAGGUGGUCAAAAUGGACAGAUGGAAAGUGCAGGUGGCUUCAAAAGGCCUCUACUUUCGUAAACCUAAGGUUCUGUCCAUGAACAACUACUUCUCAGUGGGACCCGACGCUCUGAUGGCUCUAAACUUUCACACACACCGAGAGAAAACGCCCUCCUUCUUCUCCAGCCGCAUCAUCAACAAGGCUGUAUAUUUCCUGUAUGGCACCAAAGACUGUUUAGUGCAGGAAUGUAAGGAUCUGGAUAAGAGGAUUGAGUUGGAGUUGGAUGGGGAGAGGGUGCCGCUGCCCAGUCUGGAGGGCAUCAUCGUCUGUAACAUUGGCUACUGGGGUGGGGGCUGCAGACUCUGGGAGGGUAUGGGGGAUGAACCGUGCCCCCCUACAAGACUGGAUGAUGGCCUGCUGGAGGUGGUGGGCGUGUUUGGCUCCUUCCACUGUGCUCAGAUCCAGGUCAAGCUGGCCAACCCUGUGCGGCUGGGACAAGCCCACACUGUCAGGCUGGUUCUCAAGAGCUCCAAGAUGCCCAUGCAGGUGGAUGGAGAGCCAUGGGCCCAGGGCCCCUGCACCAUCACCAUCACCCAUAAGACCCAAGCUCUCAUGCUGUAUCACAGCGGCGAGCAGACGGACGAUGACGACGACGAAUCUAGCUCCUCCGAGGCAGAGAGCCCCACCCCUCACGACUCGCCCCGGCCUCCGGGGCCAGCCUCCGCUCGUGCAUGACCCACACCGAACAUCACGUGAUCUGAAGCUCUUCUUAUUUUAAGUUUUUGUCUUCUGUCUUCAGCCCAGUUUCUAUUAAUCCAUCUUCUCCAAGGGCACUUACUUGUCCCCCUCUAAGAUCUUAAAAGCUUUAUCCUCAAGUCAUGUUGAUGAGAAUAGAUGUUGUAAGUUUCCUGUGUCGUCAUUUCAGAUCUUUUCAGAGAGAUUGCAGGGUUUAGAAAGAUUUGUUUGUACAUGGGCCUGUGUGAGUGGUUUUCCAGUCUUUUCCAUCCACACUCCACUUAUCCUAUAACCCAGAGCUCAGGCAGUUCCUCUCCACAGGGGCAGUCAGGAGGAGGUGAAUGUUACGGAGUAAUAUUGCCAUUUAUUUGCACUGAUCCCUUGUGCCAUAGAUAUGUAUAGUCAGCUAUACUCUAUUUAUUAUACAGUAUUUACCAUUGAAUGCCCAGUGCAGUACUGCAGGUAUCAGUGAGCCGUUUUUAACAACUUAUCCAGGUUGAAUUGACAAAUCCCCCUCAAAGCCAUGUGGAAUUCAUCAGCAGGUGAUGGUAAACAGCAGUACUGUUACGUGGAGGUUUUGCUGGAGUUAGCCUACAUGCAAGUUAUUGUACAUUAAUCAUAAUUUGUUACACAAAUAAGCACAAACAACACACAGAUAUUCUACAUGCACAUGAUCAGUGUUCCAGUGGGUGAUGAGAUUAAACUUCACAAAACUUCUGUUAAAUUCUACAGAUGGUCAAUGUUUUUUUAGUGUCUCCUGCAUUUGCCACCUAGGGUAAGGCUUUGAAAUGUGUCUGCAGGAUAAAACGUUUUUUAAAUCUGGAGCAAUGGCUCUGUUCCACCCGUAAUGGGUCAAUCACUGGACAUCCACCUUAGUUUGUUUACUUCAUGAUGCACUGUCUCAAGUAGCUCUCACCAAACUGCUGGAUUACACUUCAGUUUUCAAACUAUAUCUCGCUUUCCUGUAAGAGCCACAGCAAACAGGCCCUUGUUGGGGUUUAAUUUGAAAGUACUGCCAAGUAACUACUGUUCAGAGGAUCCUCUUAGCCUCCAUGUAAAAGCUUCUCCGCCUGUUGACAAACUGUAUUUUAUGUUUUUGCACUGACUUUACACUGCUUAGAACGUAGGCACAUACACAAAACCAUACUGCUGACCUUAUGUUGCUGCCGAUAGUGAUAACUGCUGAUGAGAUUAUGCUGUGUCAUGUUGUCUUACAUUAUCCAAGUCGCACUCUUGUAUUUCGUUAUUUGUGUUUUACAGAAUAGUCACCACAAGGUAGUGGAUUGUUUCAGCAUUUUUUGUAGAGCGGUGGAGUAGAGUUGAGUCUUAGAAUCAAACCUUGACACUUCACUAUUAUUAUGCUGUUUGUAGGGCUGCACAAUAUAUCUCAAAUUUACUGUCAUCGCAAUAUCAACAUGCGCGAUAUGCGUAUCGCAAAAGACUGCUUGAACUGUGAGCAGAGGGAGGGUCAGUAAAUCACUGACAGAGCUGGUAAAAAAUGUUUUUUAUGGUCCAAAUAUGUAUGAAAAGACAGGGAUCAUCCCUGUAAGUGGACUUAGUGGUGCUGUGCAUGGCUGUGGCCAGGCUACGGUAUGGUAAUAUUAAUGCUUUGAAUCUUUUUCAGUGUCUGCAUAGGCUACUCACUUUAUGAGGUCUGUGUCAGCAGCGAACACAAAGCAGAAAGACUUAAACAUGCAUUUGUUUAUUUAUUGCAAGUCAUAUUGUGCAGCCCUACUUGUUUUACUUCUCUGUGUUGUUCGUAUGACAAAGCUCUACUUGUUAAGUUUUAUUGUUUGCAUUUGUCCUGUAUUCCACAUAAUGUGUUUCGGUUUGUAAAACAGCCGUCCUGUAAGGAAAAUAAUUUUGCCAUUCAAGGUGAUCCUGUGUUUUGCAGAAUGCCUGUUGCUCACAGCCAUAUGAGGAAUGUUUCAGUGUAAUGUUGGUUUGUGUUUCUGAGGAACCUGGAGCCAACCUGCUGCUCAUUAGGCUGAACAGGGAUCAGUUAUUAGCCGCGUGAUGCCUAUGCUUUUAGAAUAUGCACCUCUUAAACAGGUAACCAAGUCCCGGUGUCAUCACCCUCAGUUUGUUUGGUGAAUGUCUUCUCGCUCACAGACACCAGUUUCACCUCUUACCUGAUCAUCCAUGUUUACCAGAUGUGUUUGUGAUGUGUUAUGUUGAAUUGAAUUUGCUUAAAUGUAACUGAGGUUUGUUGGCAGGUUAUUAGCCACACCAGCAGCAUGGCUCGAACUGAAAACACUGUUUUAGAGUGAAAUAUCUCAAUAACUGCAGAACCACGUGUAAGCACCAAUAUUUAUACUCAAAUGCAAACAAUCUGCAUGUAAGUAUAGAUAAUGGUGGUCCUUGGAAAUUGAAUCCUUUUGGUGUUGUUGAUCCUGAGAAUUAGUUUUGCUUUUCAAACUCUUAGGUUCACGAUCCUCAAAUUUUCUCAGUGUCAGCUGUAGUGUGACACUGAUGCUAGAUAGCAUACUAACAAUGCAAAAUAUUAGCGUAGUACAUCCUUACUUUGCACAUGUCACAUGACAGCAACACGCUAACUGUCCAGCUUUCAGCUCAAAUCAGAGUUGGGCCCAAAUACAGUGGUUCAUAAUGUACAGCUUAAAAUUGCUCAAAUAAUUUGUUUGUUUGUAAUGUGAAGUGGGUUGUAAUGGUUAUUAACCUGGAUAGAAUUAUCCCUAACUUUGCAGUUCCCUCAGAUUUACAGAGAGCUUUAUUAUCUUUCCCACAACUUAGCUGCUUUGGUUAAAUCUCACUACUCUUUAUAAUCUUUGUUUCCAGCUGUUACCGCUGUACAUGCUUUAAGUAAUAACAUGGCCUCCCUGGCACUGGCAGAAUUUAUAGCAGCUACAUCAACAGCACCAUCCAACAAAUGUGUUUUCUGAUCCGUAAUGACGACAAUGGUUGCUAGUGUGGCUAAUAACUGUCUGUUUGAUAUUAUUUGUUAAACCUUAUUGGCAGAUAACAUUUUCUAUUUUUGUAGACUCAAUUUGGCAAAACUCUGUGGGCUUCUGCAUUCAAAAUUCAGUUUAUACUCACAUUUUACUUGGUUGUGCAUAUAUCAACAUGUGUUCAUUAUUAUUAAAAACUUUGUGUAUGAUUUAGGGGGAUCUAUUAGCAGAAAUGAAAUAUGACAUUAACAACUAUGUUUUCUGAAGUGUAAAAAAAUUGUUGCCUAUGCCCUCACCAAUAGAUGCCACUAAAUCCUGCUCAACGAACCUUUAAUAUAUUUGAAUGUUUACUUUGUUACUGUUAAAUAUCUAAAAUAAGAGAAUCUACAGGCUGAUGAGAAUGUGUAGAAAACAUUUCAUGAUUUCAUGUGUUCUAUGACAUGGCCUCAUGAAGAGUAACGUGACCUCUACUAAACACAAAUGAAAGUCCAGAGACAGUGUCUGGGAAAUGAGACGCUUUUAUUGCUAACAAUCAUGUAAAUCAUAGAUGUUUACAAAGAUGGUAUAAGAGCGUUUACUGAAUUUGCUCAAUCACAGAUUUUGAACUGAAUGUAAUGAAGCAGUCUUUUGAGUUUGAAGACAUUCCCAUAAAUAUUUUCAUAUAUAAGC